AUGUCCUUGCCUGCAGCGAUGAACGUCCUAGGCGUCGUGACUGGGAGUGCAGCGCUUAUCUUCGUGGCGCUGUUAACUUAUGGAUCUGUCAUGGCCAUGGUUCGCUGCACCGUCGCUGCUGCUGCCGCUUCAUCCCCUUCUGAGGAAGACCCUUCGCGGUUUCGGGAAUCUGACACGGCAAUUGACGCUGCGGGAGCAGCAGGGAGAGGCAGAACUGGCAGAAACGGCGAUCCCAGGGAAGUGGGAAGAAAAUUAAACGCUAGCAAUGGAGGGAAUUUCAGCAGUGUUGGUGGCCGCAGUUUCAGUAUGCGGGAUGACGAGAAGCUGAGUUAUAACCACACUGUGGCUACGGCUCUGGGAAGCACGGGACGGCUGGUGCUGCAGCUGUCGAUUGUUGUCAACAAUUUGGGCCUCAUGAUGGUGUUCCUUGAUAUCAUCGGGGAUGUACUUGUAGGCAGCGCCACAGGACCUGGCGUUCUGCCCCUGGAUCAGCUGCAUUUGUCACCAGACGUGGCCAGAAAGUCUAUCCUCGCUAUAGUCAUUCUCCUUAUUCUGCCCCUCUGCUUGCAAGACAGACUCGGAUCCAUGAAGGUUGCGAGUAAGAUAUCAGUGGCCUUGGCGAUUGCGUUUGUGCUGCUCGUGCUGCUGCUGUCUGGAGGGAAGAUUGCAGCUGGUGCAGCCACCAUGCCGCCACUGUUCGCCACGUCUGGCAAUGCCCUGGCUGUUUUCAGUGUCAUCAACGUCGUCACAAAUGCCUUCAUAUGCCAUUUCAACGUGACCCCUAUUUACAGGGAACUCAGGGACCGCUCCCUCCCCCGCAUGCGCACAGUCGUGCGCUGCUCUGUCAUCAUCACCACCCUCGUCUACCUCGCAGUCGGCAUUUUCGGCCUCGUGCUUUUCGGCUCUGAUGUACACACAGACGUGCUAUACGAUUUCGACACGAGCCUAGACGUCGUUCCAGGAAUGAGCCCCAUAAUUGCGGCACAUGCUGUGGCGCUAGGGCAGGGGGUGAAGAUCGGGUAUGCGAUUUCGAGGGUGCUUUCGCUCCCUCUCGUGCUGUUUCAGCUGCGGCUGGUUGUGGCGUCGCUGCUGUCGGCUUGUCUGGGAAGGAAAGGGCGAGGAGGGAGAGACGAGGGAAGGACUACGAGCAGCAGCGGCAAAUCUGCAGGUGUGGUUGAGGCAGGUGGUUCUGCCAGCGGGCGGACGAAGGAGAGAACGAGGGUAAAUUCCCUUGAAUAUAUUCAGGUGGAUGGGAAUGAGGAUGGGACAGAGGAGGCCGGGGAGGAGGAUGUGGGAGAAGAGAGGGAAGGGGAGGAGACGGAAGGGGAAGAGGAGGACACAGAGGGAGAGGAGGAAGAAGAGGAGGACGAGGAAGCGAGGCUCGAAGAGCUUCGACAGGCAGAAGAAAAGGCAACAAAGAGGCGACGUUUUUGGCGCCAAGUUCGUUUCGUACUCCUUACAGUGUUCCUCCUCGUUUUAGCCUUUUGUGGAGCGGUUCUGGUGCCGGAUAUCUGGAUAGUGUUCCAGUUUAUGGGCUGUACCGCAGCGGUUAUGAUAGGGUUCGUUUUCCCUGGGCUUGUGUCUCUAAGGGCCAAAGGAGGAACUGUAUCGGUAUCUGAUACGGUGGUGGCAUGGUUACUGGUGUUGGUGGGUGUAGCUGUGGGUAUUAUUGGUAUUGUUGUUAAUGUUGUGGUGCUCUUGAACGAUGGCAUGCCUUGA